AUGGUGUAUGGCACAGAGAAGAGGCCAAUGAAUCAGGCUGAUAAAAGAACGUUAGAAACAGUUAUGUUGGAGCGUGAACAGAAGAAGCCUGGAGACACGAGCUCGGGAUCUACUCGUUCCACACGCUUUGGAAGUAGAAGAGAACGAGGAACAAGAUGUGACAAGAUAGCAAACUUCUUUGAAACGCACGCAACUCAACCUGUGACAGAGGAUGAGGUGAGUCAGGCAGCAAGAAUGGCUGACGCUUCUGACUCUGCAUCAGCCUCUCACGACUCGGACUGCACACCAGCACGGAGAGAAUCACUGCCAUGGAUGGGUGGCACCACAGGAGGCUCUAGUAGCAGUCAGGAUGAAAAACACAAGACCUGGGACAGUAACAGUGUGGGGGCACGUGUGGCCCUUUGGACCCGCUUGUUGGAGGAAGAGCGCAGACCAGCAGCUCUCCCCACCGACAGUGUUCAGGGCUCGCGUCGGCGCUCCCGAUCCACUCGCUUCAGAACACAGCCAGUUACCAUGGAGGAGGUGGCCCAUGCACACGCCCUUAACAACCACCAGGCUGUGACCCCCCCAACUGCAGGAACCCCCACUGAGGAGCAGGACCUAGCGAGUGGAUUCCGAGCAGCUCGUGAAGCUGUGUUAAGGAACGCUGGGGAGGUCCUCCAGGGCUUGACUCCUGGCUCCUCACCCAGAAGACGAGCAGGAAGCAGGAAGACCUCCUUCAAUGAACCUGAGGAGGACAACUCUUCCGAUGGAGUGAGAGGUAUCCUGAAGCGAGAGAGCUCGGGAGGAUCGCGUGACGGCCAGCGAGACAGUCCUCGAUCCAUCCUCAAGCACCACCACUCCUCCUCGUCCACGGACUCGCGCCGAGCGUCCUUCUCCGAGUCCGAAAGCCACCCGAGAGGUAUCCUCAAGGCGGAAAGUCCUCUGCCGCCCCCCGUGGGAUCCCCGGAGCAUGAGGCCAAGCUCCUGAGGGGCGUUUUGAAGAAGGAUUCCAGUUUGGAGGACUCCAAGGAGAUCAAGUCCAUCCUUAAGCCUGAAUCAGAGUCCUUAGACCCUGAUCACUCCUCAGACUCCUCCUCAGGUGGGUAGAUUGUCUACCUUUCUCUUCCCUCUUUCUCUUUUCUACCCC